UUAUUUUAACAUCGCAAACAGAGGUCGUAUUUCAGUAUUAAAACUGAUUUUUGAUUAAGACGUGUUAAUAUAAAUAAACCUACUUAAAAAUGAGCGGGUACCCCCAGACACUCGUAAUCGACAAUGGAUCUGGUAUGUGCAAGGCCGGUUUCGCCGGAGACAACGCACCGCGUGCCGUCUUCCCAUCCGUCGUAGGACGACCCCGUCACCAGGGCGUUCUAGUCGGUAUGGGACAAAAAGAUUCCUAUGUUGGAGACGAAGCCCAGAGCAAGAGAGGAAUCCUCACUCUCUAUCGUCCAAUUGAGCACGGUAUUGUUACCAACUGGGAAAACAUGGAAAAGAUUUGGCAUCACACUUUCCACAACGAACUCCGUGUCGCACCACAUGAGCACCCUGUUCUCCUUACUCAGGCCCCACUUAACCCAAAGGCUAACCAAGAAAGAAUGGCCAAAAUCAUGUUCGAAAGCUUCAACACCCCCGCCAUGUACUCCGCUAUCCAGGCUGUGCUUUCAAUGUACGCUUCUGGUCGUACCACCGGUAUCGUUUUCGACAGUGGUGAUGGUGUUUCCCACACCGUCCCAAUCAAUGAGGGUUACGCCCUUCCCCACGCAAUUACUCGUGUUGACUUAGCCGGUCGAGAUCUUACCGAUUACUUGAUGAAGAUCUUGACCGAGAGAGGUUAUUCCUUUACCACCACCGCCGAGCGUGAAAUCGUUCGUGACAUCAAGGAAAAACUUUGCUAUGUUGCUCUGGACUACGAUCAAGAAUUGCAAACUGUUGCCAGCGGCAGCUCACUCGACAAGAGCUACAAACUUCCUGACGGACAGGUUAUUACAAUUGGCAAUGAGCGAUUUCGUUGCCCGGAAACAUAUUUCCAACCCUCCUUUAUUGGUAUGGAAUCUCCUGGUAUCCACGAGACUACCUACACCUCCAUCAUGAAGUGCGAUGUUUACAUCCGUAACACUAUGUACGCUAACACUGUUCUUUCUGGAGGUUCCACCUUGUUUCCUGGGAUCGCCGACAGAAUGAAAAAGGAAGUCACGGCUCUUGCGCCACCCAAUACGGAAGUCCAGAUCAUUGCCCCACCAGGAAGAAAGUACUCUUCUUGGACUGGAGGAUCCAUCCUUGCUUCACUCUCCACCUUCCAACAGAUGUGGAUCAGCAAACAAGAAUACGACGAGUACGGCCCAUCCAUUGUCCACCGCAAAUUUUUUUAAGCUUUUAUAUGGUUAUAAGUUUAACAUAUUAAUCAAGACUGUCUAAAAGCAUUACAUGGUUAAAAUAAAGAUAGAUUUAAAACUUAAAUAAACAGAUCUCGUAAUAAA